GUACAUCUUAGCUUUUAUUAGAAAGCUCCCUGAAGGCAAGAUAUAUUUUAUUUCAUCUUUAUAUUCCAAUGCCCAGCAACCAAUGGGUGCUUUACAUUUACAUUUAUUGAGUUAAACUUAAUUUGUUAAAGUGAAUACAAAAUGCAGUAAACAAUGGCAUGUACUUUCUUAGAAGGAAGUAAUGGAAAUGAAUAGAGACAGAGAUGGCAUAUUUAAGGUAGGAUGUAAAAAACACUCAGAUUUUCCAGGACAGUCUCAAUUUAAAACAUUCCAUCCCUUCAUUUCCAUUAGACAGCUUUUAGAAAAUUCUAAUCUUUUGACAAGCAGUAACUAAUCCUCAGUAAGUACUACAGUAAAAACAUACAAUUCCAUCAAAGAAUGAGAGCUUCCAAGAUGUGGAGAAUCACAGGCUCAAAGAACAUUAUUAUUACUUUGUAAGUCUUUUCAAAUAUGUAGACCUGUGUGGUAUGGGUUGGAGGUGGGGGGCUGUAGAGAUAUAGCUUUAGGUAGCAGGUGUGGACAGCUGUAAUAAUGAUGGCAGUAUUUGUGUCUUGACAGAAAAAUUUGGUCUUCAAUUUCACCGACACAGAAAAUGCCAAGAUGAAGUAUUUCCCUCUACCAAUGCAUGUCCAGAUCUUUUUACAAUAGCUUCAGAGUUGCCUAGGAUAAGGAGUGUUUUGACUAGCUUAACAUCACCCAGUCCUGCUGGCCUGAAGCCCCAUUAUUCACCAUGCAAAGACGUGUCCUUAAAUUAUAUUUUAAUGAGAACUGGGUAUGGGAGAAAAGUAGAGAUCUGGUUUAAUGUUAUCUUAAGAUAUUUGAGCAAUGUAAGUUUAUCUCAAAUAUUACAUAAAGAAAAUGUUGAAAUUGUUCUUCACUUUUGGGUAGAUAUAUUGCACCAUGUGACUGACAAGUCAUUUUCACUGAUAACUGGUCGAUCAAAAAAGUUCCAGCUUGACAACUUGAGCUGCAAAAAUCUCUCAAAAAAAAAAAAUCUAAACGAAUUACCAUGGAAUUUGCCAAAAGAUCAGGCUUAGGCAAAACAGAUCCUUCAGAAAUAAAUGGAAAAAGUAACUACUCAAAAAGAGAAUAACAUGCUGAAUUAAUUUAGACCUCCCUCCUUCCCCUCCCCCCCCCCCCCCCGCAUGCUCCCUCCUCUUUCUUACUGCUAAUCUUCCAGCUAAAAUCCCACCAGCCUCUACUCGCCAUUAAUUAUGAUUAUCCUCAUUUUACAGAUAAGGAAACCGAAGCUCUUAAGGUCAGAUCUUGUAUGACCCACCAAGUUGAUCAAUCCUGGCUCUUUCUCCACCUUUUCCUAGAGGAGCCUCGUGCAAGGUGGGGGAGUUCCGCUCGGUUUUUCUCUGCUUAGCUUUUUCCACCAAGCAACAAGGGCCGCUAAACAUGGCAGUUGCUCCAUAAAACGUUAGAAGUGAAAGUAAAAGCUGAAGCUCACAGGCCAAGGCUUGGCUCCGCCCCGCUCUCGCCUGGGGCGGCUAGAGCCCCCUGAAACCAGGCUGCGGCUACUCCGGCUCGUUCCGUCCCAGCAGGGGGCGCCGUGGGGCUCCGUGCAGAGUCGCCCCCCGGCGGCGGGAGGAGGCCGCACUGUCCGACUGAGAUUACAAGCCCGGCAUGGCGUCCGUGGUGGAGUACAAGGGGCCUAAAGAGGGCUACCGCUGCGGCUACUGCGACUCCCCAGCGGGCAAAGUUUCCAGCGGUGAGUGUAGCCGCGCUGUCUCGGCCUAGCUUCCCUCCUUCCUCUCUCUUUUUCUCCCUCCCCCGGCUCGGUGUUUUUCCCGCGGCUCAUUUUGCAAUCCCAGCAGCUUCGCCGUCACUGAAGAUGGCCGUUGUUCAAAGGGAGGACUAAAAAGAGUCCCGCGUAGUGCUUGCCAAAUAUGGCAUGAGUGUCGUCAUCCCACCCCGGCUGCCGCGGUCAGCCCCGGCGAGGCUUGUCCCUCGGGGGGACCGGUGGUUUUGCCCGCCUCCCCGCCCCGUCUCCGCCUGCCCCACCGCUCGCCGGCGCGGGGCAUUGUGGGGUGUCAGCAGCAGCGGCUCGGAGCGGCUGGGUUUGGCCGCGGGGCUGGGAAGAUGGCUGCGGCUCCCGGAACAUCCCCGACUAUCGUAGAAUACUUCGAGGGCGAGGACUUCUACCACUGCGGCUACUGCAAAAACGAGACGGGCAGCCGCUCCAAUGGUGUUUGACUCUUCAGUUCCGAGUAUGUGGGCACAUUCAAUGACAGUUCAAGAUUACCAAGAUCUUAUAGACCGUGGAUGGCGAAGAAGUGGGAAGUAUGUAUACAAACCUGUUAUGAAUCAAACAUGUUGUCCUCAGUACACCAUAAGAUGCCGACCUUUACAUUUCCAGCCAUCAAAAUCUCAUAAGAAAGUUUUAAAGAAAAUGUUGAAGUUUUUGUCUAAAGGAGAAUUUCCUAAAGGGAAUAUUACAGAAGAGCCUAUGGAUUCUCAAAUGGAUGAUGCUGCUGUGGAUGAUUUUGCUCUAAAAAGCAAGUUGGACAUACAGUCUGAUCAUAGACCCUUUGAUGAAGAUCACAACAAAGUUGUAGAGAGUGAAGUGAAGGAGAAAGAAGAAGACUUGGGUGCUAAGGAAACUAAAGAAUUAAGUCAAUCAUAUACUAAAAAAGAGAAACUGGGGUCUGGUGAGCCAUCAAGUUCUGUUAAAGUUGUUCCUACAGUUCCCAAUCCAGGCAAAGGGGCUGAUUUGAGUAAGCCUCCAUGUCGAAAAGCAAAGGAUAUACGGAAAGAAAGGAAAAGGCAGAAACUCAUUCUUAAGAGUCAGACAGACAAGCUUGAAGGUGUCCAAGUUCAACAUGAACCACAGCUUUUGCCCUCAGAAAAAUCUAAAUUAAAUCAGCCUAAAUCCAUUGAAGAUUUCAUUUUUGACACCUUACCUGAGGAUGCUGCACAUCGAUUAGAGGUGAGGGUGGUGAGAUCAUCCCCACCAAGUUCCCAGUUCAAAGCCUCAUUUCAGGAGUCUUACCAGGUCUAUAAACGUUACCAGAUGGUUAUUCACCAGGACCCACCUGAUAAACCAACUGUAAGCCAGGUGAGGUUAGUACCUGUUUCCUUUGAGGACCCAGAGUUCAAGUCGUCCUUCCGCCAGUCACUCUCUUUAUAUGCCAAGUAUCAAAUGGCCAUACACAAGGAUACAGCAGCUGUGUGUGGGGAAUCCGAGUUCACAAGAUUCCUUUGCAGUUCACCACUGGAGGCAGAGAAUCCUCCUAAUGGACCUGAUUGUGGUUAUGGAUCUUUUCAUCAACAGUAUUGGCUGGAUGGGAAGAUAAUUGCUGUGGGUGUCAUUGAUAUCCUUCCAUACUGUGUAUCAUCUGUGUACCUGUACUAUGACCCUGAUUACUCAUUUCUGUCUUUGGGUGUCUACUCUGCCCUAUGGGAAAUUGCAUUUACUAGGCAACUUCAUGAGAAAACUUCUCAACUCAGUUAUUACUAUAUGGGUUUCUACAUUCACUCUUGCCCCAAAAUGAGAUAUAAGGGUCAAUAUAAACCUUCCGAUUUGCUGUGUCCAGAGACAUAUGUCUGGGUACCCAUAGAACAGUGUCUGCCUGCACUUGAGAAUUCUAAAUACUGUCGCUUCAACCAAGACACAAAAGCAGUUGAUGAAGAACAAAUUAAAGAGCUUGACCGAUUACGGGUACUUUACAAGAGAACAAUUAUGCCUUACAACAUAUAUAAAAAACGACAGAAAGGACCAAGUGAUGAAGCCGUCGUUCAACAAUAUGCAGACUUGGUGGGACAGACCUGUUCAGAAAGGAUGUUACUGUUUAGAAGCUGAAAAAAGAAUUAUUAAAGAAUUAAUAUUCCACUUUCAUCCCACCUACUACAUGAUUGCACUCCAUUUUAUUAUGAUUAACAUAUCUCUUUGUUAAUAGAUCCACAGGAUAACAUUGUAACCAUCUAAAAUUAAGCAUCCUAUUUUAACUAUUAUAUUACUCUCAAAAUAUUUAAAAUAAAAUGUUUGUGAAGUAUGUAAUGUAUAGAGAGAUUUAAAAAAUAUGCCUAGAUGUUUAGUCUUACACUUGGGGUUUUGAAAGUUGUUUUUUUUUAUUUUUUAUCCAAACUACAUUAGACUUGUCAUUUGUUGAUUUUCUAUGGCAAGUAAAAUUAUUAUGGUGCAUCUAAGUGAUUUGAAUCAUAGAUGUGCUUUGAUUUUUCUUUUGGCAAAAUUAAAGCAUAAUCUUUGCCCCAACUUGGUUAAUAGCCAGUAAUUUUGGUAAAGAAAAUUUCCUAGAGGCAUAUUUAAAAACUAAGGCAUUUCCUCGGUUUAAACAGUCAUGUCUUUCUGGGGAAUAUCUAUAUAUGUUAUUAAAAUCUAUAGGUUAUACAUUAUAGAAUAACAUGUAAUGAAGCUGGAUAGUGCUUUUAAAAAAACAAAAAACAGGAACAUUAAGCAUUUUUAUUUUUAAUAUAUUAUCUGUUGAAUUUAUAGUAAUCUUGAAAGAUGGGUUUUUGGGCAACUAUAUCAUUUCUCAUGAUCCAAGUUCUAUAAAAGUCAGAGGUUAAGCCAAAAAUUCCACAUUGGUUCUCUUCUUAGAAUAUGACAUCUGAUGGGUUAUUGAUGAAAUUUGUCUAGCCUCUUUCUAGCUUUACUAAAGAAUAAUAUUUAAUGAGACAUGAAUCAGAAGGUAAUUAUUCUUAUGUCUUAGUGCCUUCUCUCCAUUUCCUUGUCAUAAAAUUAAUUUGAGACUUAAAAAUGCAUAAUUAUUUUUCUAUCGUUAUAGUCUAAAUUAGUAUUUUUUCUAAUCUCUUUUGUCACAAAUUUGCCUAUGUGACUUAUGUUAUUUUGGAGAUGGAAUACCCAUCCUUCCUUUUUUGCAUAGUCUCCUACUUUAGCUCAGGAGUAAGAUCAAGGUCAAUCUCGUAAAUGUUCCUGGGUUUGAUAGUUAAGGAUGCAGAAUAUUCUUUUGAUCAAAGCCUGGGAGCAUAUCCCCUCCUAGGAGUUUCCCAGGCAGUAAUCCAGUCACAAUUUUUCUUGAUAGCUCCUUGUCCAUUGGCCCCCUUGCUGUCUUCUAUGUAUGCAUUCUUCUUUUCUGAGUAAAAUUAAGAGUAUUCAACUCCAUUAAAAGUCUUACCUGAGAAAUAUACCAUGCACUUGGUUUAGACUUUUGCCUCAGACAUGCGGUAUUCAAAUGUCAUAACUGAGAACACUUUUCAUUUGAUCCAAAUACUAUCAAGUAAUGCAAGCAAUUUUUUUUGCAUUCAAAUGAAGGCUACCCACUUCAAGGUUGCCAUAUACUUCUUCUAAUAAUGUUUCCAUUGCAAAAAAGUUUUUGAGGAUUGUUCUUUAGGCAAUUUUCUUCAAAGAUUGUGGUACAUUGUUUUGAUUGUCUGCAGUGGUGAUGAGUGUUAAUUUGUUUUUUGGUCAUAAAUAAAGUGUGCCUGUUACUAAGUAAUGAGACCGAUUUCUUUCAUUGGUCCACAUCAACUAGUUUUAACAGCAGUUCCUAAAUAUAAAUUCUAAAAAUAUUUUGAGCAAUAUCAGCAUUGAUAGAAGUUCCAAAGAUGUCUACUUCAAAAAAUAACUUUUGUACAAAUGUUUAAGUUCUUUUUGUUUAAAAGAAAAAAUCCUGUAACUUUAUAGUAUUUUUAAAGAAAACAUGAAGCCUAAGACUUAAAAUUUCUCUUAAGCAGCAUGCAAUAAAAAUCCCCUCUUCUAUUGCAAAGUCUAACAUAGGGAACAUUCUUUGUAAGAGGAUUCAAUUACUGGUAGAGCAUAAUUUCUAACAUUGCCCCACAGUUAUAGACUCAUAAGUCUAGGUCUAUAAUAUGACUUAAGUAAAUUUACGGAACAAAUUGUGUUUGGAGUACAUUUAUCCAAAGGCUAUAUUCAUAUUUAGACUUCUCUUUAAGAUUGACUUUUAAGUCAAACGUGUAAGUUUCAUUCUUCUAGCCCAAAGUCUUCCAGGACUAAAGGGGUUACAUUGAAAGGAACCCCAAAAAGAGAUAUCUGAGGUUUUUAGUUAGCAAACCAUUCUGUUAAUAAGUUGACCUAUUAUUCUGUGUUAGUAAUUAAUUUAAGGAGAUCAAAAGAACCAUAAAAAAGUCAUAGUAUUUAAAACUUAAAAAUUUUGACCGUAGUAUACUACUGACCCUUUCAGAUUAUGAAUAAAUUUAUGCCUCCUCAUGAUGGGAACAGAACUGUAGGAUAUAUACCUACCACUUCAUUUUAAUUUUAUUUAUUUUAGCUUUCUUGGCUUUUCAUUAUCUUAAUAAUGUUAUCUGGGUUUUUAAUACUCAAAAACAUUGAGGUUAAGUUCUAAUUCCUGUAUUCUUCUUGGUUUCAGUUAUUUUGAGGAGGAAAUUAUUAUUUCAAAUGUAAGUCUUCAACACUGUUUAGUCUAUUUUAAAAAUUAUUUUGAUUACACCAAGUGCAUGUAUUAUGUUUAAUGUAGAAUAUAUGACUUAAAUGAGCUAUUCAGAAUGUCUGAAUAACAUUACGGUUUGAUUUUAAGCAGUGGAUUAUUUUAGUAUAAGUAAAGAAGGAACAUGACUAAUUGUCAGAUAACUAAAAGUAACUAAUGUCAACUAGAAAUUAAAAAAAGGAAAAUUGAAUAAUAAUUGGAAAAUGUAUUUUAAUUGGUAGUUACUUGGAUGUAUUCAUUUUCAGUGAAUGUAAGAUGAAAGAUACAUGUAAAUUUAUUGCUUUUGUAAAUGCUUUUUGAAAAUUACAUGAAACUUAAAUGGAAAAAAUAAAGAUGUUUCUUCUA